UAGCAACUAAACUGAGCCAAAUCUUUUCUUCAAUUUCGUUUUUUUUUCUUCCAGAAAAUCCAAAUCAAAAUGACAUUCCGACGUAGAAAACCUUUCAUUACGGUGAUUGUUAUUAGUAAUACUGAUUGUAGAAGUAAACGGUGGUUCAGUACAGGUUCUGAUGGUGGGAAUAAUAAUUUCGCGGGAGAAAAUGCAUAUGAGAUUUUAAUGGUUUCUGAAAGUAGCAGUUUUGAUGAAAUUAAAGCUUCAUUUCGAAAAUUAGCUAAAGAAACUCAUCCUGAUCUAGUAGGUGGUUCUUCUGAUCCAGCUUCCUCUCAACGAUUUGUCCAAAUUCUUGCCGCUUACGAGAUUCUUUCAGAUUCAGAGAAGAGAGCUCACUAUGAUAUGUAUCUAUUCUCUCAAAGAAAGGUUAUACAGAAAGUCUCCAGGCAAGGUUCACCAAUGUUCAUAUAUGAGUCUGAUGUUUCAAUGUCAAGUGAGUUGGAGGUAGUUGAAUGGCUACGAUGGUACAGAUAUGCUAUCAAUGACAUUGUUUCGCAGGAGAAAAUUGUUGUUGGAACUGGCUACUUUGAUGUACUGGAGGGUGAGUUUUAUUCAGCUGUACGUGCAGCUUAUUAUGGGCCUUAUAUUGAAUCUUUGGAUUAUCUUCCUGAAUGUUUUGAAGCUGAGGAGAGAUCUGCUUAUGGAACCCCAGAUGUGCUUCACUUAGUUUCAGGUCGCGAUCUCUUUGGAAUUGUAUGUAUUGUUAAUAAGCGUCCUGAAUUAGCACGACCGUGCUAUGAAAAGUUGAGUUCUUUUUCGUUUGAUGGCUCCAACUUGUGUCAGUCUGUUAAAGAUAUAAGCGUCAGCAAUUAUUCUUCACAAGUUGAAAAUCAAGAACCUCUGCAGAUGGAAACUAGGCCUUGUAUUGACAGGACAUCAGAUGUUUAUAAAGAUUUAGAAUUGCAUAUUGGUGGAAAAGUGGUUGCGAUGGCUAGUAGGAUCCCUCCGAAAACUUGUACUGAUGGAAUUCAAAAUGAAGAUAACGAAGAUCAUAUACAUGUUUUUCUCAGUUCAGAAGAGUGUCCACUCUAUGUCAGGUCAGAUAUGUCUAUGAACUCAUCUUCUAGUAAUUCUUCCGCAUCGAAGAUUCUUUUGGGAACAAUAACUGGACUAGGAAAUAACUGCGAAGAAGGAUCCUGCUAUGUCUACAAUAAUAGUGGUACACAAACUCACGUGAUUAUGAAACAUAGAACAUUGAUGGUGAAGCACAUGCAUUGGUAUCAAGCUGGAAAAGAAGUUUCUCCAUGCGAAUGUAGAUGCAGCAGAGCCCGUUUGCCUCCUAGCAAAUUUUGGCUAUUCGAGCCCCGAUGCCACAUGCACGAUGUUGGGGGUUGGUAUGUAGAAACAUUUGGCCGAGAUAAAAAAGGCAAGACAGUCCCCUCCCAGAGACAGUGGGACAGCCUUAAUGAAUUCGAACAGCCCGAGCAGAGACUUCAUCCUGCAAUGUAUUUGCUAACACUCGCGUACAGAAGUCUAGAUCUCGAAGAUGCAAAAAGAAGGAAACGGACAGUUAAGGAUAUUGCUGAAGCAAAGCUGUUAAAUAUUUUCCGCUGGUGCAAGAAACUUGUUUGAGGAGAACAAAAGGAGCUGCUUCCUUGUGAUGGGUUGUUGAAUUGCUAAGUUGAAUAAAAUCUUACUCCUCAAGCUCGUAGCACCAUCUGGCUAGGAAUUGGCACAACCUGAUAAUGUGAUCUCUACUUUUUCACUACGAUUUCUGAAAGUGAGUUGAAAUGGGUAAGAAUUUCUUUACAGUUUGGUGGUAUUUAUUUUCUGAUUGACAUUUGAUGGGGCUUCCAGACAGUUUAUAAUUAAAAAAAAAAACCCCAUUAGAAAUCCAUAUCUCAUCUUAGUCAAAUAUGAAUUGCUGAGCAGAAUGCCCGGCUGCCUGUCACUUUCUAGCGUUGUUUGUUGUUUCACUAUAAAAUGCUGCAAUCCCCAUUCAAAAUUAUUUGCCAUUUUAUUCUGCUUCAAUGGUUCUUAUUUGAAAUUGUUCACUAUAAUCUGCUGUGCUAUCUGUAGUUCUUGUUUUCUCUAUCAUUUAAGGUAUUACUUUGUACCAGAUGCUUUCUGAUACUAACAAUCUAG